AGUAACUAAAUAGUCAUUUUUAAACAAUUGAAUACUCAUUUUCAAAUAAUUGAAAAUGACAUGUUCAAAAAUGAGUAUUCAUAGAAAAUACGGAGUAGAUCUUUGUGGUCAUUAAAUUCUGACAAAAUGACCAACUCUUAAGCGGCAAUGUGUUGAACAAUUGCUAUACAAGCACAAGUACCGAGACCAGAAUUCGAAAUAGGGAGGGAAAAGAGAACAGCGAAGAAUGUGUCUGGUUUUGAUAUGAGCUUUGGCUAUGGCGAACCUCUCAACCCUCCUGCACCAACUCCGCGAGCGCAUAGUAGCGAGGCCGCCGAACAAGGAAAACGACGACGAUUUGGAGGUCCUUUUCCGCGACGUUCUCCCCAAUCUCUUCCACACCUAUGUCGUCCCUUCGUCUUCCUCCUCAGACAAGCAGAGAGAGGUCGUUGCCAUACUAAAGCUCUCCGCGCAUGUCGCUAAGAACUUCCCCGGAGUGUUUUAUCACGGCAAGCCUGCUGCCGUGUUGCCUGUGAUUGGUCGAGUUCUGCCUUUCUUCGCCGAACCUGCAUUUCAGGCUCAACAUGGGGUGAUUUUCGAAACGGUUGCAUCACUGUUGUCAGUGCUUCGCACUGCAGAUCGAGAUGCUUAUCGUCAAUUUUUCAUGGAUGCAAUGUCAUUGGUUGAAGAUAUUGCGGAAGUCGCUUUAGUCUGUGACGAGCAAUGCAGUAAAGGAUCGAGAACAAUUUCCUUGAAGUGUUUCAGCGAAUCGUUUUCGAGAGUUUUGGAUGAUCCUUUAACCUUCUGUGAUCUUCCCCAGAGCUGUACAGCUGAUGACAGCCGCUGCAUUCUGAUUAAUCUAACUGGGAAAGAAAGAUGUCAACCUUUUGCUUCUUUUGCUAUCAAGGUCCUCUGUAAAUGUUUAACUGAAGGAACUUUAUAUGUUGAAGGACUCUUGAGCACUUCUUGUGUCUUGGCUGUCUGCAAGCUUUUAUGUUCUGGAUGUGCUGAUCUGCACAUGGUAUGCUUUGAUUUUGUGCGCCUUGUUGGGGCCUUGAAUUUUGAAAUUAUCCCUGCUGAAAGACUAAUACAACUGAUUGCAUUUAUAUUACGUGAAGGCAAGGGACUUCUAGGAUUCAGAAACUCCAUGUACGACUCAUCCAUGGGAGGAUGCCUUAACUUGUUACACUCCAAUUGCUCAGUAAAUGUUGUUAGGUCAACAGCAGUGGCUCUGAUAAAUGUCUUUCCCCAUUCAUUGCUUGGAACAAGCAGUCACGAGCUCAAGAAUGCUCUCUGCAGUGCAUACUCUCGUAUUGUUCAAUAUUGCCCCCCUCAUAUCUGGAAACCCGAAUCUCUCAUUAAUUUGCUUUACUCAUCCACGGCCACCAUCCCUUUGAUAUUGUGUUUUGAGGUUGCUUUAUCUAGACUACAAUCUAAUUCUUCUGGAGGGGAAGUAGCUAUUGUUGGUGAAAUGUGUUUAUCAGCCUCAAAUUCCAGUCUAUCUGAGAAACCUAGAGUUGGAGAUAAAAGACCUCAGAACAGCACAGAGACUUCCAAACCUAAACUUCAAAAAACCAAUGGUGAAUUCAUGGGUUCUGGUGUAACAUGUGAUCAUCUAAACAAGCUUAUAUAUGGUUCUACAUCAAUGCAAGAGAAAGACUAUGCUGACUUUAUGCAUAGCUCGCUGAAGGUAUUUGUGCAACGCUUAGGACCUCCUAUAGAAGAUGACUCUUUGGCACCGGGAAUUGCACUGACAGCUCUUAGUACACUCUGCAUUGUCUUCUGUAAAUACCCAUAUAACGGUCUCUUGCUUCAAGUAUUACAGUGUAUGUGUGCAUGGGUUCCUUGGAUAGAUGAACAGGUGAAGCAAGGACUUCCAAUACCCUUUGAUUUGUCAAUAUUUCUUGAAGCUGUUAACAACCUUUUCAUUCUAAAAGGCUCUUCUGUGGAUAAUAAGUUUCUCAAGAGUAUGAGUGGUGUUCCCGAUGUUGUACGACCAUUAUUAAGGCUUCCAUGGUCCAAUUCGGUAUCAAUUAAUUCUCUCCCACCAUGGAAGGCAAAGUGCCACUCGCUGCAAGUUCUGUCAAAGAUUGGACUGUUUUUGCAAAAUGGUAAUGAUCUUGAUAUUUUGGAUUUGGGCCUUCUCGAUGAAAUAAAGGAGGUUAGAGGAGAAGCUAUCAUUUCCAUGCCAAUGAUAGUCAUGUGGUGUGGUUAUGGUUUACUUAUGCCUAUGUUCAAGAGAUUGGAGACCCUAGGGAAAGAGAUGGAUGCCCAAAUUAAGAAAAUCAUCCCCCAAACACUUGGUUAUUUAGCAUGCCUUUAUGGAUCUUAUUGUACUGGCCCUGUUCCAUGUGAAGGUCAGUGCAAAUUAUAUUUGCAGAAGGAUAGUAGAAAUCAUGAUAUGACAGUGGAUGGUCGUUUGAGAUUUUGGUGUUCUAAGUGUGACACAAAUGCAUCCAGUAAUGAACUGCAGUCAGAAAUUGUACACCUAGUCAACAACACUCAUGAUAUAGAAUUAGAAAUUGCCAGAGACUAUGAUUAUAAUAAGUUGCUAUCCCUUUUCUUCCAAUUGCUUUAUGACGAAUCAACAGAAGAUAUUCAAGUUGCUUGUGUUGAUGCAAUUCAGCGAAUUCUUCUCCACACAACCAAUAGUGUUCUGAUCAAAACAAAAUCCGACUGGUUGAAAUGUAUCGAUUACCUACUCCUUCACAGGAGAAAGGCUGUGAGAGAAGCAUUCUGCACACAGAUCAGUUUUUUCCUUGAGGAACCUAUUCUGAAUUGCUUAUUCUUGGAUGAGGCGCCCAAUAAGCCUAAAGAACAGAAGUUUGUGGAAAAAUUAAAAGAUGCUCUGUCGGCAAUAGAUGAUCCCUUGGUGUUUGAGACUCUUCUAGAAACUGCAGCGAAUAUUAUGAAUGCAGUUGAUAUACAUAGCCAGUUCUUUUUAUUCUCUCUUAUUUUAUUAGCUGAGCAGCUUGAUAAUCGUCACAUCACAGUCAGGAUAAAAGCAUCAAGGUUGAUAAAAGGAUCUUGCUACUCUCAUCUUAAAGGAGGAUUUGAACUAAUCUUAUCAAGAGUUCCUUAUCACAGAAAUGAAUUGUAUGAUUAUCUGUCUUCUAGGCUUGCAAGAUGUCCAAAACUUGUGGAAGAGUUUGCAGUGUCCGUGCUUGAUGUUGAAACUGAAGAACUUGUGAAAAAGAUGGUUCCUGUUGUUCUUCCAAAGCUCAUUGUCACCCAACAUGAUGGUGAUGAAGUAAUUACAACUUUGUAUGCAUUAGCCAAGUGUUUAAACACGGAUAUGGUGCAAUUGAUUGUUAAUUGGCUGCCCAAAGUACUUGCUUAUGCUCUACAUCGAGCUGAUGAACAGGAUUUAUUUUCUGUACUACGGUUCUACCAUGAGAAAACAGGUUCGGAUAAUCAAGAGAUUUUUGCUGCUGCAUUGCCUGCCCUCUUGGAUGAACUUGUGUGCUUUACUGAUGAAGAUGUCAGAGAGAUAAACAAAAGGUUGACAAGGGUGCCUCAGAUGAUAAAAGAAGUUGCAAGAAUUUUGACUGGAAAUGAAGAUCUUCCUGGAUUUUUGAGAAAUCAUUUUGUUGGUCUCCUUAACAGCAUUGAUCGGAAAAUGCUUCAUGCAGAUGACGUAUCACUUCAGAGACAAUCUGUUAAACGGAUUGAGAUGCUUGUUGGUCUAAUGGGUUCCCAUCUUAGCACUUACGUUCCGAAACUUAUGGUUCUUCUCAUGCAUGCUAUUGAUAAGGAACCACUCCAGGACGAUGGUCUUUCUGUUUUCCAUUUUUUUGUUAAGCAACUAGCUUUGGUAUCACCCUCUAGUACCAAACAUGUGAUUUCCCAAGUAUUCGCUGCUCUUGUUCCAUUUUUAGAGGGAGAGAAAGAAAAAUCAUCCUCACAUUCUCCUAAAAUAGUGGAGAUUUUGGAAGAGCUUGUGUCCCAAGAUAGAGCUAUCCUAAAAGAACAUAUUCGCGAGUUCCCUCCUUUACCUGAUAUUCCUGUUCUUUCUAAAGUGACUAGUAUAAUAAAAGAAGUGCGUGGGCCAAUGAGCUUGAAGGAUCAAUUGCUAGACAUUGUUGAUGGGCUUAAUCAUGAAAAUUUGAAUGUUAGGUAUAUGGUAGCAUCUGAAUUAAGUAAGCUGUUGAACAUUAGAAGGGAGGAUGUCAUGGCUGUAAUUACUAAAGAAGGGGAUCCAAGUAUGGAUGUCAUGAGCUGUUUGAUUACAUCCUUACUUAGAGGGUGUGCAGAAGAAUCAA